AUGUUGGCCAGGCAAAGGACGACGAACCUGCGCAAUGGUCUCGACCGUGAUGUUUACCAAAUUGUGCGCAAGCUGGAGGACCAGGGAGAGUCCAAGCGACGACGGCUCACCGUCGUCACAGUCUACGAGAGCAUAAAAGCCUCCAACUCGAGCCUUGCGCGCCAGAAGCGCCGGCCCCUCGAAGAUGCCAUAGAUCGCGUUCUGCUCUAUAGGCAGGAGGAGGUCAAGGCCGACGAGGCUGGCGAGGACUCGGAGGAAGCCCUCGAGCGCGAGACUGCCGCCACCACCGCCGCCUGCAAGGCCGCGAGGCGAUCCGAACGGGAUGCUUUUCUGCUAAACAAGCAGAUUACCAAGCACUGGGACUUUUCGGGCGCGGCGGCCACCCCUUCUGCCGCUAGUGCGGUCUCGUCCCCUGGCAAGCCCAUCGCUAGAGCGGACUCGGCAGCAAAUCCAGUCUCGGGCGGAGAGGGUCCGGAGAGGAUGGAUGUGGACGAGCCGAUAGAGCGGCAGCCAAACGGAGAGCCCAGGCCGAAGCGCAAGCGGAAGACAAGGCAUGCCUCUUCGACCCGGGGCUCGGCGGCCGCGGAUCUGCCGGCCUUGGAGGCCAACGCGGGGCUCAAGCUCGACGACAUGGGCGGUAUCGACCACAUCUUGGACGCGUUCCAGGACCAGCUGCUGCUGCCGCUGCGGCAGGGCCUGCUCUACGCCGACGUCGGCUUCACGCCAAAGGGCGGCAUCCUCCUGCACGGGCCGUCGGGGACGGGCAAGACGUCGCUGGUGCACGCGCUGGCCGACGAGCUGCAGGUGGCCUUCAUCCCCGUGGCGGCCACGUCGCUGGUGAGCGGCAUCUCGGGCGAGUCGGAGCGCAACAUCCGCGACUUCUUCGACGAGGCCGUCCGGCUCGCGCCGGCACUGCUCUUCCUCGACGACAUCGACGUGGUGGCGGGCAAGAUGGACGGCGCGCAAAAGGCCAUGGAGGUGCGCAUGUCGUCCGAGGUCAGCCAGGGGCUCGACAAGAUCGCGCGCUGCACGGGCGGCGGCCGCUACGUCGUCGUCAUGGCGGCCAGCAACCGGCCCGACAGCAUUGAGCCCACGGUCCGCAGGCGCUUCCAGGAGAUGGAGAUGAGCAUGCCCGACGAGCGCGCGCGCGAGUCCAUCCUGCGCGCCAUGACGCGCGGCAUCUCGGUCGCCGGCGACGUCGACUACGCCGCCCUCGCGCGCCUGACGCCCGGCUACGUGGGCGCCGAUUUGGCCAAGGCCGUCGAGAUUGCCGUAACCGAGGCCGUCAAGUCUAGGUUUAGGAUCAAGCUCGAUAGGACGGCGGCCGAGGCCGGCCGUGCUGGGCCCAUGACGCCGCGCGAGUCUUGGAAAGCGGCGCCGGGCCAGGGAGCAGAUGCGCAGGCACGGGCUACGGGCGAUGGCAGCGACUCGGACGCGCGAACGUGGGUGACGUUCUACAACCUCAAGAGGGCUGUGGCCAAGGUGCAGCCGGCGGCGAAGCGGGAGGGCUUCAGCACGGUGCCCAACACGACGUGGGCCGAGGUGGGCGCGCUGCAGGCGGUGCGGCGCAAGCUCGAGUUCGCCAUCGUGCGGCCGAUCGAGCAGCCCGAGCGGUUCGCGGCGCUGGGCAUGAAGCCGGCAGCGGGGAUCCUGCUCUGGGGCCCGCCGGGCUGCGGCAAGACGCUCGUGGCAAAGGCCGUGGCCAACGCGUCCAAGGCCAACUUCAUCUCCAUCAAGGGGCCCGAGCUGCUCAACAAGUACGUGGGCGAGUCGGAGCACAACGUGCGCCAGCUCUUCUCGCGCGCAAAGUCGUCGGCCCCCUGCGUCCUCUUCUUCGACGAGCUCGACGCGCUCGUGCCGACGCGCGACUUCACCAUGUCGGGCGCCACCUCGCGCGUCGUCAACGCCCUGCUGACGGAACUCGACGGCGUCAACGACCGCUCGGGCAUCUACGUCGUCGGCGCCACCAACCGGCCCGACGCCAUCGACGAGGCCAUCCGGAGGCCGGGCCGCCUAGGCACCGACAUCUACGUCGGCCUGCCCACGCCCGACGACCGCGUCGACAUUUUGCGCACCAUCUACGACACCACCAUCCCGCGCCGCGGCGACGGCGAGGCUGAUGGCGAGCGCAGGGCGCGCGCGCAUGCGAGCAUCGACCGCGUCGCCAGGGACCCCCGCUGCGGGCGUUUCACGGGCGCCGACCUGCGCCAGCUGCUGCAUGCCGCCUCCGAGGCCUGCCUCAUGCGCAGCAUCGACGACGACGGCCCCGACUGCGGUGGCGCCGACCUGCACAUAUCCGACCUGGACUGGGAGGUGGCGCUGAACGAGGUCAAGCCCAGCGUCAAGGAUAUAGAAAAGUACCUCGAGAUAGCGGGAUAG